AGGGAGGAGGGAUUACAGAAUAAUUUUAGAAAUGCUGCUGGUGCAUUCAAAAUGGUUGAGGAACAGCCCCAGCUUAAACCCAAGAACUAUAUGUCUGCAAUCAGUAGUGCUUCAGAUGCUCCUAAAGCUAGAUCAGAAACCAACAGUAUGGCCAAGGGUUUACCGUUUUCACAAUUUGAUAAUCAACCCAAGGAAAAGAUAAAAGCUAGUGAAAAUAUGAUGAAAGUUGGCGUGCCUAUCAUGCCAAAGAAUCUGCCAUCUGAUUUUAGUACCAUGCAGUUUGGUUUUACUAAUGCUCCCUGUAGUAGUAAUGAUCAUACUGGAAGACAAUCAAAUAAUUCUUUCCCAGGGAUGAAUAAAUAUUUGGAUAGUGAUAAAGGGGUGAGAUUUGCUGAAGACACUUUUGCCAAAAUAAAUUCUGGAUUUGGAAUUUGUCGGUUAGUGGAAUAUCCAAACUGCAUGACAAGAGCUGUUGGUGGUAGUAAUAACUGUAUUUCAGCUGUUAAUACAAAGAUAUACGAAUCAAAUUAUGAAUCAAGCUUGCCUUCAGAAGCAUCUGUGGCUGCAAAUUUUUUGCAUGGUACAAGCAAUGUAUCAGCUCUUGGACAAGAUAAUCACAUGACUCCAGAGACAGCCAUUCCAUUUGGAGGAAUUUUCAAGGGCCUUCCCUCUCUGGUUUCAAGCUCUUCAUCAAAUCAUCUUCCUACUUUGCUGCAGCAGCAGGAUAAUAAUAUGGAUGCAUAUUUCCUUGAUGAAAACAUGAGGUUGCUUGCAUUGACACAGAUACUGGAAUUAUCUAAGCAACAAAAUACUCUGUAUUUUCAUGAUAUGAAUCAAAAGCAAGGGAGAUCCUGCAAUUUUUCAAAAGUUCAGCAUUAUAUGUGUGAGUCGUCAACAUCUAAACAAGGUACUAUUGGGGCAUCACUGAAGUUGCACCAAAAUAGAGGGACUAGUGGGAAUGCUGAGAGUACAGAUAGUUUUGAGAAUCUGGCUUCCUUCACAGGUUUGAACAGAUAUUGUCGCUUGUCUGGCUUGGCACCAAUACCUUUACAUUCUAAAGAGAAGGAAUCACAAUGUACACAUCCCUAUAAUCUUCGAAAUGAAGAGCCAUCUUUGAGCCUUGGAAAAAACAAAGAGAAUGCCAGAUCUAGUGCGUGUGAAAAAUGCUCUGAGCAACCAUCAGAUAAUCAUUUGGGUGGCAAGUACACAGGUGCGGCUCAGGUAAACUAUUGCAGAGGCAAUUUUUUCUCGGGAAUUGAAUCCUUCAGUAGAGAUUUGAAUACUUCAAAGGAUCACUUUGAGCAAAGUGGGAAGUUAGAUGGCCAAGACUCAAGCAAAAUUGGCUCUCAUACGCCUCAAUGGGGAGAUGUGCCAGGUGAGGUCAGGAAAACAGUUUGUGAUGCAACGUCUUUAGAUCAGAUGGCUACUGGUUUGGAUUGGGAAGGACAAGACAGUGUUCAACUUGGAAACAUUUCUGUGAAACGCUUGAAAAGAACUAUUGAUAUGGAGGAUGCAUGGAAAGCUCAAGAAAAUUCUAAUGUCUCUUCUGGAUCUUCUGCUCGAGUUGUUAGUCAGGCAUCUGUGGAGGUCAAUAAUGUUGAUUCUUGUACCGUUGAUCCUGUAGACACUGGUUUUGUCAACAACCUUUUAGUUGAUGAAGGGUCAGGAAUUGAUCAAGGUAGGUCCUCAGAUGUAGUUGAAAGUGAACAAAGUGAUGAAUUUCUUGGCUCAACUUGUGGGAAUUACUUGAAAAAUGGUUAUAUGAGAAUCUUAAAUGAUCAACCAUGUCGCAGUCUCCUUGAUGAGCUUAAACUGUUAGAUUCUUUGAUAUGGAAGAAAGGCCAGGAUCAAAACCAUUUUUCUGCUAAUUGUAAAACCCAUCAAUCUCAGAGAGUCAAGAAGGGCCUCAAAGGAAAAAAACGAAAGAGAAAUGAAUUGAGGAUUGUAGAUGCUUCAUUUUCAUCCAGAAUUUCUUCCUUAUUGCAUAAAAAGGGUGGUGAAGGUGCUGGAAUUUUUAAUUCAUCUUCCAGUUUAGCAAAAGAAAUGCAGAUGCGCUGUUUAUCUAGCCUGAAAAGAUCAUCUAACAAGUCUUCCUAUGUUGAAACUGGUAACAAACAAAGACAAAUUGCAUUUUCAUCCAAAUCUCUCUCUGGUGAGAAUCAUCUGAACAGGCAUGGCAGUGCAAAAGUUAGCUAUGAGUCAGAACUAAAUUCUGAUGCUGAGUUUCACACAUGUCCUGAAGUUUCUGGAACAAAGAAAUUAAGAAAGGAUUUCAGUUCUGGUUGUUUUGAGCAAUGUCAAAUGCAAAAACCAGCCCAUGAGGAACUGGAACCUGAAAAUGCUAAGCUGAGGUCAUUCUCUUGCAGUAAGGAAAAUGCUCCUAGAAUCACUAGGCCAAUAGUGUGUGGAAAAUAUGGUGAAAUAUCUAGCGGACAAUUGGCUACAGAGGUACCGAAACCAGCAAAAAUUGUCUCUCUCAGCAUGGUUCUUGAAACCUCCAAAAGAUGUAUGGUCCCUACAAAUGACAUUGCUAGACUAACUUCGAAAAAGAAAUGGAAGACAUUAAGCAUUGGAGCAAGUAUUGGGCAAUGCUGUGGGAACCCUGGUUUGAAAACUACGGAACAUAAAGAAACCCAAAAUACAAUAAUUUGUGAUGGAGCAGAUGUUGAUCUCCCUAUGGAGGAUUUGGAGAGGGGUGGCAAGCCACCUGUUAUUUACACAGGGAAGAAAGCUACCAAAGCUAAGCAGGGGGAUAUUAUUGUAAAUAGAGCUGAUGCUCCAUCGAAGGUGAAGAACAAGGAAAUUCGGAAACAGCGUAGCAUUAAUGAGCUCACAGCUAUAGAAACCAAGGUGAAAGAUAUGUUGAAUUGUGCUGAAGAUAGAGAGGGUGAUUUGUGUAACAAAAAAUGUAGAAACUCUAUUCAAGAUUACACGAGCAUAUCCAUCAUAAAUUCAGAUGUUUUCUGCUGUGUGUGUAAAAGCUCAGGCAAUGAUGAAAUCAACUGUUUGUUGGAGUGUAGUCAAUGUUUAAUUAGAGUGCAUCAGGCUUGCUAUGGCGUUUCUACAUUGCCUAAAAAUGGACGUUGGUGUUGCAGACCAUGCCGAACAAACUCACAAAAUAUUGCCUGUGUCCUAUGUGGUUAUGGAGGUGGAGCUAUGACUCAAGCAAUACUGAGUCGGGCAAUAGUUAAGAGCCUUCUUAAAGUGUGGAAUGUUGAGAAAGAUGGCAUGCCUAAGCAUACUACUUCAUGUGAAGUUUUUGAAAAGGAAGUACAUGCAUUUCAAUCCUCUAAAUCUGGACUAGAAGUGAACCAAGAAUGUGUCUCAAGGCCUGAAAAUGUUGAUACAUCAAAAAGUCAGUUGAAAUUUCAAAUGUCACCAAGUCACAUACAACAACACACCCUGUCCUCUGCUUCUAAUUUUAAGGUGCAUAACAGCAUUACAGCAGGAGUUCUUGAUCCAACUGUUAAACAGUGGGUUCACAUGGUUUGUGGGCUUUGGACUCCCGGAACAAGAUGCCCCAAUGUUAACACCAUGAGUGCUUUUGAUGUAUCUGGUGUUUCACGUCCAAAAGCAGAUAUGGUUUGUUCCAUUUGCAAUCGAUGGGGUGGUUCCUGUAUAGGGUGCAGGAUUGCUGAUUGCUCUGUCAAAUUUCAUCCUUGGUGUGCACAUCAGAAGAACCUGUUGCAAAGUGAGACUGAAGGUAUUGAGGGUGAGAAAAUUGGAUUUUAUGGAAGAUGCAUGCUUCAUGCUGUUGACUCUAGAUGUCAGUCUGCAUAUAAUCCUAUUGAUGAAAUGGGCAGUCAAGAAGAAAGGGAAUUCACCUGUGCCAGAGCAGAGGUUUACAAAGGCCGGAGAUGGGAUGGUUUUCAGACCAAUCGUUACAGAGCCUUAAAAGCCCAGAGUGGAUGCCUUGUUCCUGUGGAGCAGCUAAAUGCUUGGAUUCACAUUAAUGGGCAGAAAUUGUGCUCACAUGGACUCCCAAAAUUUCCAGAUUUAGACAUUGAGCAUGAUUGUCGAAAGGAAUACGCUCGGUACAAGCAAGCAAAGGGAUGGAAACAUCUUGUUGUAUACAAAUCCAGGAUACAUGCCCUUGGUCUUUACACUUCUCGGUUCAUUUCCCGGGGUGAAAUGGUUGUCGAGUAUGUUGGUGAAAUUGUGGGGCUGCGUGUGGCUGAUAAAAGAGAAAAUGAAUAUCAAUCUGGAAGGAAACUUCAGUACAAGAGUGCCUGCUACUUCUUCAGGAUAGACAAAGAGCAUAUUAUUGAUGCCACAAGGAAAGGGGGGAUUGCUCGAUUUGUAAACCACUCAUGCCUGCCAAAUUGUGUGGCAAAGGUGAUUACUGUAAGGCACAAAAAGAAGGUUGUCUUCUUUGCAGAGAGGGACAUAUUCCCUGGUGAAGAAAUUACGUAUGAUUACCAUUUUAACAACGAAGAUGAAGGAAAGAAGAUUCCAUGUUACUGCAAUUCGAAAAAUUGCAGGCGUUAUAUGAACUGAUUGGCAAUUGUAAAUAACUUGAAUGUUUUGUUGCAUGUUCGAUACCCAUGAGUAUUAACUGUGGGCCAUCUUGUUGUGUUCAUGACGCUAGCAAAAUGCCUCUUCAAUUCAAAUCCUGGGAAAAGGCGUGGAUUCAUGUUACUGCGAUGUGAACUAGGCACAUUUGAAAUUUUAAAGGAUAAUCGAUGUAUAUAAUUUGCUUGCAAUUGCACGCUGGUUUUU